AGGUAUUACCAUUUUUGCAUUUCCCAAAACGAAAAGAAGAAAAUAAGCAUAAGAGCUUGCCAUAAUCUCAAAGGAUGUGACUCAGACUGACUGCCGAUCAUGCCAUAGAAACCAAGAAAUGAAUGAAAGGAUUCAAGCCAUUUCAAUCAACAACGCCCUUUUCACUAUUCAACAUUCUCUCUCAUCGUCAUGAUCUCUUGCGUUUUCGCUUCUGUUCUUUCUCCAGUGUUCUUUUUCGCACCCAUCACCUGAAUUCCCAUUACCUGACGUGUUCAUUCCCAUAUUCUUCGAUUCUACAUUCAUGCAAUAACCUUCAAGCUCUCAAACGGAUCCAUGCUUCUCUCAUCGUCUCAUCCGGGUUCCAACUCCUCUCCGUUGCCUCAAAGCUUAUAACUUUGUACUCGCAGUUAAAUGAUUUCCGAAGUGCUUUUUCCAUAUUUAACUCUUUUGAAGAACCCAAUACUGUUAUCUGGAAUUCAAUCAUAAAGUCCCAUGUCGAUUCUGGUCUCUUUGGUUAUGCUCUUUUGCAGUAUGGGCGAAUGCGAGAAUUGGGUGUUGCGCAUGAUAGUUUCACGUUUCCGAUAAUAAACCAGGCAAUUUGGUCGCUUGGAUGUCGUGUUGAGUAUGGAGAAACGGUUCAUUGCGUUGCAAUGAAAAUGGGUUUUGGACAGGAUGUAUAUUUUGGCAAUACAAUGUUAGAGGUGUAUGUGAAAUGUGGGAGUAUUGGUAACGCUAGUAAGUUGUUUGAUGAAAUGACUCACAGAGAUUUGGUUUCUUGGACGUCCAUCAUUUCAGGUUAUAUUUAUGGAGAGAGUUUUUCUAGAGGAUUCAAACUUUUCAACAAAAUGAGGAUGGAGAUGGAGCCGAAUUCAGUGACGAUGGUGGUCAUGUUGCAGGCAUGCUCUACCUUUGAAAGUGUGAAUGAGGGAAGAGAACUUCAUAGUUAUGUGAUCAAGAAAGGAUUCAUGGUCGAUAGGUCUGUGCAAAACUCAAUCUUGAGAAUGUAUACUAAAACGGGUGGUAGCGGAGAGGAGGUAGAAACAUUUUUCAGUGAAAUUGAGGAAAGGGAUAUCAUUUCCUGGAAUAUAUUGAUAGCUUUCUACUCCUUCAGAGGAGAUAUCGCAGAAGUAGCUGAGAGGUUCAAUGAAAUGCGGAGGGAAGUGACAUCCAGCAUUGAGUCGUUAACAUUGGUUGUUUCUGCCAUUGCCAAUUGUGCCAAUCUUUCCGAGGGUGGAAUGCUACAUUGUUCUGCUAUAAAAACUGGACUGCAUGACACUGUUUUGAUGACAUGCUUGUUGGCUCUUUAUGCCAAGUGUGGGGCACUGGAGAUUUCAGCUCAAUUGUUUAGAGAUAUCCCUCAUAGAAAUAGCAUUACAUGGAGUUCUAUGAUGUCAGGCUUCACUCAAAAUGGGUUUUUCAAAGAAGCCAUUGAAUUGUUCCAGCAAAUGCUAGCUUCAGGUCUUCAACCUAACCAUGAUAUCAUAAGCACCCUCGUUAUAGCGUAUACCCAUUUGGGUGCUCUACAAUUGGGUAAAGCUACCCAUGCCUUCUUCUUAAGAAACUUGUCCUCUUGGCCCGAAGAAGACAGUGCACCCUUGGAAACCUCUCUUUUGAACAUGUAUAUAAGAUGUGGAAGCAUCUCUUCUGCUCUAAUUUGUUUCAAUAGAAUGGUUGUCAAAGAUGUGGUAACAUGGACAUCUAUGAUUGAAGGCUUUGGAACCCAUGGGCUUGCUUUUGAAGCCUUGAAAUUUUUCAAGAGGAUGUUAGAGUCAGAAGUUCAGCCAAACAGUGUGACCUUCCUGAGCUUGUUAUCUGCUUGUAGCCAUAGUGGGCUUGUGGGGGAAGGUUGUGAGGUGUUCCAUUUCAUGAAAUGGGGGUUCAGAAUAGAACCUGAUUUGAAUCAUUACACUUGCAUGGUUGAUCUUUUGGGCAGAUCUGGAAAGCUGAAAGAGGCCCUAACUGUAAUACUAAAACUGGUGGCUUGUCCUGAUAGCAGGAUAUGGGGAGCCCUCCUGGCAGCCUCUAGAGUCCAUGAGGACAAGAAACUUGGGGAAUAUGCAGCAGAGAAGCUCCUGGAGUUGGAACCUGACAAUGUUGGAUACUACACUCUAUGGAGUAAUAUUGAAGCUAGUGUGGAAAGCUGGGGUGAAGUAGAGGAAGUGAGGAGGGUAAUGCAUGAGAGGGACUUGAAGAAGAAACCAGGAUGGAGCUGCAUUGAAGUUAAAGGCAUGAUUCAUGGCUUUAUUUCAGGAGACACUACACAUCAUCGAGUGGAGGAGAUAUGUAAGGUAGUGGGGUGUUUAAAUAGAAAAAUACAAGAAUUUGGAGUCUCUAUUGUAUAACUGAUUCUGGUCAUGUUUAGCAGGCUUUCAAUAAAAACAGGAUUCUGGGAAGACAUGAGAACA